CAUCUCCCUGGCUAUCAAAUGAAACUGUCAACACUCGAUAAUCUGAAUUUCGCAUGAGAACAUGAGGACGGCCGUCCUCUUUGGCCGUUUCUGUUCGAGCCGUGGUGGAACUUCGCAGCUGCUGUCCCGCUUCAUCUUGCCGGUUCGAUGGCGUUUCAGCCGGCCGCCGUCAUGGCGGCAAGGGCUUGGGCGGAAAUCUCACAGGCGGAUGCAUAUGUCAGGGACGCUGUUACUCUCUUCCUUAACCCCCGGUGCGUUUUUGAAAUUGGCCGAGGAAGGUGAUGGAAAUGAAAAGACUGGUGAGAUGCAUAUGCUGGAAGCUUCACGCCAAGAGAUCCAAAAGAGUGUCACUCAGGAUGCACGGGGCUUAUCGAGGUUUCAACAGUCUAUUUUUGUCUUCUGGUACUAUUACAUAUAUGAUCCGAUUGCCACGGGGUUCAGGUUUGCGCAUCUGGUAGUUGUCUUCUUGCCUGUCAUCCUUACAGUCCCAGUUGUAUGGCUGGGCAAGCGCCUCGAGACCCGCAAAGAUGUACGCAGCGGGACACUGUGGUGGUAUAAAUUCCUCGUCAGAUCAAUGGAACGUGCAGGACCGGCCUUCAUUAAGCUCGGACAAUGGGCGGCUUCGCGUACUGAUAUCUUCCCUCCUGAACUAUGCAACAUCAUGUCAUCUCUCCAUUCAAACGCCCCUUCGCACUCGUUGCAAGAAACAAAAGAAACUAUUUGCAAGGCCUUCAACGGGCUGCCAUUCGAAGAUAUCUUCGAGGAGUUUUAUGAGGAGCCUUUAGGGGUGGGGGCUAUUGCACAAGUUUACAAAGCAAGAUUGAAAUCAAACCUAGCGGCAUAUCAGGAUCAGGAAGCCUCCGAGAUACAGGGUUUAAGAGAUAAGGUCCGAAAGAACGUCGAUGUAUUGAUGAAAAGUACGCCCCAGCGAGUUCCCUCUUCAUACGUAGCCGUCAAAGUGCUACACCCUAAAGUCGAGCGUGUGAUCCGAAGGGACCUAAAGAUUAUGUCUUUCUUCGCUUCACUAAUCAAUGCGAUCCCUACUAUGCACUGGUUAUCUUUACCAGACGAGGUUCAUCAAUUUGGAGAGAUGAUGAGGCUGCAGUUGGACCUGCGCAUCGAGGCGAGUAACCUGGUCAUGUUUCGUGAAAAGUUCAAAUCGCGCACCACCGCUUGGUUUCCAUACCCCUACUUGGGCUACACAACCCGCGAAGUGCUCGUGGAGGAAUUUGCGCAGGGUAUUCCUCUAUCAACCUUCCUUGACGUUGGAGGGGGUGUCUUUCAGCAAGAAAUUGCACACGAGGGCCUAGACGCAUUCCUCCACAUGCUAUUAAUUGACAAUUUUGUUCACGCGGACUUACAUCCAGGUAAUAUCAUGGUUCGGUUUUACCAACCGAGUGAGUUGGAUCUUUCACUCCGCAAACACACCAGGGCGUCCGAUGCACCAACCACGGCGGACGUUGAUGUAACAGAGGCGGUACUUGCACGACUACGACCUCAUGCCCAUAGUCCAGAAGAUUGGGACAAGAUCCUGGAACAGCUUAAUGCGGAAGGCUAUCGUCCGCAACUUAUCUUUAUUGAUACUGGCUUAGUAACCCAGCUCAAUGAUACUAAUCGGCGAAACUUCCUUGAUCUCUUCCGCGCUGUCGCAGAAUUUGAUGGGUAUCGAGCGGGUCAGCUCAUGGUCGAACGAUGCCGCCAGCCAGGGGAGGUCACUGACCCAGAGGUUUUUGCGCUGAAAAUGCAGCAUCUAGUUCUUAGCGUCAAGUCACGAACCUUUGCGCUUGGCAAUAUUAGCAUCGGAGACGUGCUAAGUGAGGUGCUAUCCAUGGUUCGAGGCUACCACGUUCGGCUUGAAGGAGAUUUUGUCAACGUUGUUAUAUCGAUCCUUCUUCUAGAAGGUAUCGGACGAAGUCUUGACCCAAAUCUCGAUCUCUUCAAAAGUGCCCUCCCUAUUUUGCGGAAGCUUGGAUCCAAUACUACAUUCUUGAAAUCGGUUCGAUCGGGCGACACUUCCAUGCUCCGCGUUUGGGUUGGACUUGAAGCUCGAGGCCUGCUUCAAGCCAGCAUUGAGACUGUUGAAUUGUGCGUCAAGUCUGAUAUGCUAUCCCCUAAUAUCUAAGAGAAAAGAGACCGAGGGAUCCGGGAUAGCAUAAUUUUUCGCUCCACUUGGAACGUUCAUAGAAUAGAGGCAAAACUCGACAGAGGAUUGAUAUGUUACAUAGUGAAUUUUCGCCCCGGCUCUUGUAUACUAUGACAACGGUUAAAGUUGGAUCAGCGGUUAGAUCAUGUAUAAAAGGAUACUCGAUGGGUUAACCUACAGUCUGUUUCCAAAUAUCUAUGAAUAAUGGAGAACGUUCGAAAAGAAUAAUUAAG